AUGCCUACCAUUGCAGUCGACAAGUACGCCCUUUACGAGGCCCUUGGUCAGAAGUUCACCAAGGAGGAGUUCGAGGACCUAUGCUUCGACUUUGGAAUUGAGCUCGAUGAAGACACCGAAGAGGACGAGCGUCCGGAGGGCGUGCCUCCGGAGCUGAAAAUCGAGAUUCCGGCCAAUCGCUACGACAUGCUGUGUUUCGAAGGCAUCCAGCUGAUGCUCAAUAUCUUCCGCCAAAAAUCCCCCAUCCCGAACUACCGACUGGUCGAGCCCAAGGACGGCAAUGUACAAACCCUGACGAUCAAGUCCGAUACGCAGAAAGUCCGUCCCUACGCUGCAGGCGCCAUUCUCAGGAACAUCAACUUCACCCAGCAGAGCUAUGAAUCCUUCAUUGCGCUGCAGGACAAGCUGCACAUGAACCUGGCCCGUCAACGGACGCUCGUGGCCAUCGGAACGCACGAUCUCGACACGGUCCAGGGCCCCUUUGUGUACGAUGCCCUGCCACCAAAUGAUAUCAAGUUCACGCCCUUGAACCAACAGAAGUCCAUGACGGCUACCGAACUCAUGGAUUUCUACGAAAAGGACAAGCAUCUCGGGAAAUACCUUCACAUCAUCAAGGAUGCCCCCGUCUACCCAGUGAUGCUGGAUGCGAACAACGUCGUGCUGUCUAUGCCCCCAAUCAUCAACGGCGAACACUCCAAGAUCUCAUCCAAGACCAAGAACGUCUUCAUCGAUCUCACCGCAACUGACGAGACGAAGCUGGAGAUUGUUACGAACAUGAUGGUGACCAUGUUCUCCAUGUAUUGCGCCGAGCCUUUCACAAUUGAGCCAGUCAAGGUCAUUUACGAGUAUGACGACGCACGGACACGCAUUUUCCCAGAUCUCACCCCGAAAGUCAUCGAGACAGAGGUGGAUUACCUCAAGAGCUGCACCGGCCUGGACGAGACCCCAGAGAGCAUAUGUCAGUUGCUGACCAAAAUGGCAUAUGCCGCAAAACCGUCCAGCAAGGACAAGAAUUUGAUAGAAGUCUCUGUACCUCCAACAAGAGCAGAUGUGCUUCAUCAGUGCGAUGUGAUGGAAGACCUCGCCAUCUGCUAUGGUUACAACAACCUUCCAAGAUCAUCACCCCACAAGUCGGCAACGGUUGGUUCAUCAACUAAGAUUCAGAAGCUGGCCGACAUUGUGCGUUUCGAAGCGGCUUUCGCAGGGUGGACGGAGGUCUUGCCACUCAUUCUUUGUUCCUAUGACGAGAACUACACGUACCUGAACAGGAAAGAUGACGGAAAGGCAAUACGGCUUGCCAACCCCAAGACAGCAGAGUACCAAGUGGUCCGUACGUCACUGCUUCCCGGUCUCCUCAAGACAAUCCGAGAGAACAAGGGCAAGGCUUUGCCGAUCAAGAUCUUCGAGUGUUCGGAUGUGGCCUUCAAGGACGAGGCUGAAGAGCGCAAGGCCCGCAACCAGAGGAAUUUCGCGGCCUGCUUCUGCGGCAAGACGUCUGGAUUUGAGGAGGUGCACGGCCUGCUGGACCGCCAGUUGCUCAUGCUGCGGACGGCCUUCCUGACACACGAGGAGGCUCUGCAGGGAAAGAGCAUUGACUUCCAGGUCGUCCAGGAGCCCUCGAAACAAGACGGGUACUGGAUUGAGGAGACUGACGAACCCACUUUCUUCCACGGCCAUGCCGCCUCUAUUUAUCUCCGACUCGAUGGAAAGACCCAGAAGAUCGGCCAUUUCGGCAUUCUUGACCCAACUGUGCUGGAGGCCUUUGACAUCAGAUACCCCGUGUCGGCAUUGGAGUUCAACCUGGAGGUCUUCUUGUAA